UGGAAUUGACAUCAAGCAUGUCUUUAUUUAUGGAUAGAAAGGAUCACAGCAUCGACAGCCAUUUCCGAUGGAAUAGCAUAAAGAAAUUUAUUUACUUGGCGUGCACUUAUUCCACGUGCCUGUAUAAUUUCGACAUAUUUUCAAAGGUGUGCGAGACAGUAAGGAUAUUUGAUUUCGUGUUGUGUGAAGUAACAAUAGGCAUGCCUUAUAUGUGCAUGGAUAGUUUUAUUAAGCAGUAUACAAGGAAAUUAGAUUGUAAUAAAUUUAUGAACCCGCUUCUAAGAGGAAUUGCUUAUGGAUUGUUACUACAAACUGCGUUAUGGACCUUGAUUCAUGCAGGCUAUUUAGCUGACUCUAUCAGGUAUCUCGUGGCGAGCCUUCAAGAGGAACCAUCUUGGACUAGAUGUUACAAAACUGUGGAUAAUAAUUCGAGUUGCAUACCAGCCAGUGAUCUCAUACUUCGAUGUCGACAAAGCAUAAUAACCAAAUUCGACAGCACUUCAGCGCAUUUUAAUUAUCUAAAAUCAUUCAUGUACCUCGACAGAAGUAUCCUUGCUACAAGAUUUUUUGUGAUAGCUCUAGUUUGGAUAUUUAAUUUUUUCUUCGCGACUGUUCAAGAUGAUACGCUUAUAAAGAUCUUCAAAGUAUCGUUCAUCUGUAGAGUAUUUUCAACAUUGAUCGCUAUAUUUUUCAUAUUAAUUUCAACAAAAUAUUAUGCCGUAACAGCCUUCGUUGAAAUAUUGGAUAUAUCGGCGCCACAUUCUUACACGGUGUCUAUGGAUCACAUCGUUUACACGUACGGUAUUGGAUUUCUCGGUCUUUACGAUUUCGCGACGAUGUCACCGUACACAAUGAUUGACAACGCUGUGGUGAUAUUCGCAAUAUUGUUCACUGCUAUAGCGUUCAUCAGGUCGUGGAUUGUAAGGAUAUUGUACAUGGUGCUGACGAAUUGCGUUGAAGUUGAGAUUUCUGUGACACCGCAUUAUCUUUUAUUCGCCAUUUUGCCGUUGAGCACUGAGUUUCUUUACGCUCACAAACUUUAUAUUUUUUAUAUUUAUUCGAAUGUCAUGGUUGCCACGAUGGCUUAUCUUGCUAUGUUGACGUUGACAAUGUCGAAGUUACUCCAUAAUGAGUUUCGCUCCAUCAAAAAUAUUUACAUAGUCGGUAUACUGUGUUUCCUUGGUUUUAGUCUCUCUGUGCCCAUAGUUGUGUCGAUGACGACCAUAGGUCGAGUAAAAGGAUUAAUAUAUGGAUUAAAUGUGGUCGUUUUAUAUCUGGGUGGGUUCAAAGUGGCCAUUGUUAUGUGGGUGUACGGGGUACAGAGGUUUUCAACCGAUAUACACUUUUGGCUCGGCUUCAAGCCAACGAAGUUUUGGGCAAUAUGUUGGAUGUUGUUGCCUAUCGUGCUUUUGAUAUUUUUUAUCAAUAGAGUAUAUUCAAUUACUCAAAUGACUGAUUUGAAGCAAAUAUUGGUGGCCACAGUAUGGAUCGUAUUUUCAGUGAUAACUGUAGCCAUCUUUCACAUAAAAACAAUCGCAAGGUAUAUAGUCAGGAAUAAUUUAGUCGCUGCAUUUAAGUCUAGCAUAAAAUACGGCCCUCCCGAUCCGGAAGAUCGCAAACGUAGAAGAAACUACAACGAAACUGUGAGAUUGAGGCAAUGUAAACACAACUGCAAUAUUUUAGAUGAUGUCAUGGAAUGUAAUCACAUGCCAAUAAUGUUUAAGAGCAGAUCAACGUUAUCGAAGUCAAGUUCCUCCUUAUCGUUGACCAAUAUAUACGAAACUGGAACCAAAAGUAAAAUAAAAUCGACAAGCGGAGUAUUUGAAGUAGAUUCCCACCAUUGAUUUGUGCAAUUAAUAUAGAGUGAACAAGC